AUGGGUAGUUCUAGUAUGCGGGAGGCAUUGGAGGAGACGUCCACAGAGUCCUCCAUAAAACGAUGCAUUGCGUGCGUCGCUCUGCGAGGGAUCAACCAGCCAUCUUUGCCGCACGGGCACCGCGCCUACAUGAUUUACACCGAGCAUCUCCAGAAACUCUUGGAUCACGACAACGGUCUACUAUCGUCUCAAGGAUUGCGACAAUCUUCCCUUCGGGCAUCACGUCCCUUGGGACCUUGGACCUGGCUCGACCAUCUUCCUUAUUUAGCCAGCGCUAUUCCUCUAUUCAAUACAUGGCGGGGGCACCAUCCGCAUUAUAUAUUAAGGGUUACAAGGCAAGGUUUUCCUUGA